UUCUUAAAACUGAUCUGGAAAGAAGAUGACAAAGACAUGAAAGCUAUGCCACUCAGUAACAAUACUGUUAGCAGAAGAAUAGACGAAAUGAGUGAAGAUAUUGAAAUACAACCUGCUGAAAAGCUGAAAACAAGAAAAUUCUUAGUGCUAAUGGAUGAAUCAACUUUGAGAGACAGUGAGGGUGUAUUAAUGAAUGCAUUUAUCAAUAUUGAUAAAGGGUAUUUUCCUGAAGAACUUUUAUCUAAAUCUUUAGGAAGCACCACUACCGCCAAAGAUAUAUAUAUAUAUAUAAUAUGCUAA